UUGGGUGCAAAAAAAUGACAUUUGUAUGUGACAGCUGUCAAAUUGACAGGUCCAGUGAACAGUAACUCGCGUGGUAGAGAAUUUCUUUCUUUUCCUUUUCCGAUUUCAAUAUGACGGCCGCUACUAAAGAAGCUGGAAAGAAGAUCAAAAGAGAUCCCGCCAAGAACCCUAUGCGUGAUCUGCACAUCAGAAAAUUGUGCUUGAACAUUUGUGUAGGUGAAUCUGGUGAUAGAUUGACUCGUGCCGCUAAGGUGUUGGAACAAUUGACUGGUCAACAACCCGUCUUUUCCAAGGCCCGCUACACUGUGCGUUCUUUUGGUAUUCGUCGUAAUGAAAAGAUCGCCGUACACUGCACCGUUCGUGGUGCCAAGGCUGAAGAAAUCUUGGAACGUGGUCUUAAAGUACGUGAAUACGAGUUGAGACGUGACAACUUCUCUGCCACCGGCAACUUUGGUUUCGGUAUCCAAGAACACAUCGAUUUGGGUAUCAAAUACGAUCCCUCCAUCGGUAUCUAUGGUUUAGAUUUCUACGUUGUACUCGGCCGUCCAGGCUACAAUGUUGCCCACAGAAAACGCAAAUCUGGUACAGUUGGUUUCCCCCACCGUCUUACCAAGGAAGAUGCCAUGAAAUGGUUCCAACAGAAAUACGAUGGUAUCAUUCUUAACAGCAAGAAAUAAAUGGCAUUAUUUAUUUUUAAGUAACAUUCACAAUAAAACUAAUAUUACAAAAAGGACAUCUUGUAAUAUAUAGUUGUAUUAAAAAUAAAUACUUUUUCUAAAACAAA